AUGGCCCCGGAAAUUCUGGACGGAGCGAUUCAGUUCACCGGACGAUCAAUUCUUUGUACAGAUAUCUACUCGCUUAGUUUAUGCCUGUGGGAAUUGCUCAGCGCCGCAGUGCCUCCGACAUCGGUCGAACUAUUGCAAACCGGUACUAACACUACGGAUCCAACGGUACACACGAAUACACAAAAACAGGUUGUCGAACUGCUUAUGCCAUCUACUGGUGUUGCCUCCUUGUGUAAACCACGUCGUGUUUGGUUACCCUAUGAAUUAGAAUUGGGUCGAAAUGGUCCCAACCCGGAAACAGUACGUCAUUUAGUAUCCAUGCAAAAGCACCGUCCGUAUGCACAUACAUCGUGGUUCGAGUCCCCGUUGUACGCUCAAUUCUAUCGGACCAUUACAGAAUCUUGGGAUUCCGAGCCGGAAGCACGACUAAGUGCCACGUGCGUGUUGGAGCGUCUAAACUCCAUCCAUACGCUACUGUUCAAAUCCACCGAACCGACAGCCGAAUCAAGCCCUCGUACAUGUUGA